AUGCUGCCUUCUGCUGCUGCUGUCGCUACAAAUCAAUCAGAUGAUUCUGAUCUCCAACAAACUAUCUUAAAAUUGGCUAACUUGAAGCCAAUUGGUCAAGGUAGAUCUAAUAAACUGAUUGAAACUGGACCCCAACUUGAAUGGCUCGAGAAAUUGCCUCAGCCUACAAGAAACAGAUUCGAAAAGUAUGGAAUUGAUCUUUCAAGAGGAUACCCAAUUAUCCCUGAUAACAAAGAUAUUCCUAAAUUUGUUGACGAAGCUUUCGAAAUUAGAAACAAAGAAUAUCCUUAUAUCGAAAGAGGUAAGAAUGCUGAUCCUGAGAAGAAGGCUCUCUUUGGCGCUGCAACUGAAGUAAUUGACCUCACCAAGCACAUUGGAACAGAAAUUGUCGGUUUGCAAUUGAGCGACUUAAACGAUAAGCAAAAGGAUGAAUUGGCUCUUUUAGUUGCCGAAAGAGUUGUUGUCUUUUUCAGAGAUCAAGAUUUGUCUCCUCAAAAGCAAUUGGAAUUGGGUAACUACUGGGGUCAAGUCGAAAGACACCCUCAAGCUCCUCAUGUUCCAUUAAACAACACCACUGACCCAGAAGAAAUUGCCAAGGGAAGCGGAAUUAGUGUUAUCUGGAGACAUUUCUUUAAUGAAUUUUAUGGAUUCAAACCCAGCUUUAAAAAGGGAGGUAUUUCAUCAGGAUGGCAUACCGACUUAGUACACGAGUUCCAACCGGCAGGAAUCACUCACUUACAUAAUGACACCAUUCCAAAGACUGGAGGUGAUACUGCUUGGGUCUCUGGUUAUGCUGCGUACGAUAAAUUGUCACCAGCAUUACAGCAAUUCUUGGACGGAAAGGAAGCCAUCUUUGUUUCUGCUCACGAAUAUUUGGAUCGUGAAAACCCAUUGAAGGGUCCUAAGAGAAUUGAAAGAGCCCACCCACUUGUCAGAACUCACCCAACUACUGGCUGGAAGUCCUUAUUUGUCAACAGAGCCAUGACAAGGAGUAUCGUUGGGUUAGAACCUGAAGAAAGCAAAGUUAUUUUGGAGUACUUAUUCCAAGUUUACGAAAAGAACUUGGAUAUUCAAGUUAGAUUCAAGUGGCAACCAACCAAGGAAGGUCUUGGAACUUCUGCUAUCUGGGAUAACAGAAUUUCUCAACACUUUGCCAUUGGUGACUAUGAAGCUGAAGACUUAAGACAUGGUACAAGAGUUACUUCAUUGGCCGAGGUACCAUACUUUGACCCUAACUCUAAGUCUCAAAGACAAGCUUUAGGCUUAUCUUUGGAUUAG